AUGCCGGAAGAUGUCAUAAUGAACCAGACCCAGAAUGGAGAUGAGCUGAUAGAGAACAAGUCGGACCUACCAGACAUCAUCGUUAUCACGUGUAUGCUAUCGUUGUUUAGCAUCAUCGGCACCACCGGCAAUGCAUUUGUGCUUUACGUAUUCUCGAAGAAGAAGGAUAAGAACACGUCGACUGUCUUCAUCUUGGCGCUUGCCUCCAUAGACUUUGCGACGUGCAUAGUUGUUAUUCCGUUCACUAUAGCCGUGGAGUUUCAGUUCAAGAAGAUUGGAAGUGACCUGACAUGUAAAAUAUAUAUGUUCCUAAUUACGUCAAAUGUACCAUUCAGUGCAUUUAUAAUGGUUGCCAUAGCGUUCGACAGAUACUUUUGUAUCUGCCGACCAUGGACUAAAUUCUUGAAUACGAAAUGCGCUCUUCGGAUAAUAUUUGUGUUAUUAACUUUUGCACUCACACUUGGAUUGUUGACAAGUCUCGCAUACGGCGUUUACCACCGGAGAGUUGUCGCCCAAAUUAGCAAAAUCUCAAACAUGACUAAAAUUGUACACUAUAAUGUGUCGGAUUUUACAAUUGCCACGGGAAUAGAUAAUUGUACAAGGUUCCAUAAUCCCAGCCUAAACAGCGGAAACAAUUUUACGAACGACUGCCAAUUAAACCUAGAUAACACUUCAUUUGAUACAGUAAAUGGUACAAUUGAUAUAAAUGACUUCGUCUUCACAGGUUUCUGUUAUCCUAAUGAAGUUAUAUUCAGCACGGGUUUCCGGAAAGCCUACCAGAAAUUCUACGUAUCUCUAUUCUUAAUUGCAUUUAUAACUGUAUUCAUUUUGUAUGCCCUUACUUACCGAUCAAUUAUGUUCAGACGAUCAAGACGACUGAAGACAUCUUUGAAUCAGAGAAGUGCACUUGGACGCCGAUCUACACUUUUGACUUCAAUUUGUUCUCGUAAUGCAAACUCGCCUGAAAUUAUUUGCAUGGUCGAGAGUAAAGCAGAACAAAAGCAAGAUGAUUGCACUAUUGAUGAAGCCGCCAGAAUGCCGAUUUCACAGAUUCCAAGCACGAUCUCUAUUACAAGUACUGCCACUCAAACAACCAUGAUGAACUCAAACAGUGCUACCAAUGUCGUAUCAUUUACAUCGAACCACGUAAUCAAUGACGUCAUACGUGAAGAGAGCAAUGAAAGCUCGACACCGAAAAAUCAACAAGAACAAGUUAGUAUACCUCCGAAUGACUUGAGACCUCCCAACGGACACGUGCAAAAAAUGCGGAGAAAUAAUAAUGGGAACGUAUUAACGGCAAAGAAAUCAAAAUUUAAAAAUGUGAAUAAACAAAAAGAGUAUUUAUGUUAUACAAAUGGUGAAAAGACUCCUUUGAAAGACAUGCCAGAUUUUAUAAACAUAAAAGCAUCGAAUAUGCACAGACAGGACACGAGAAAAUCAGUGCGAGAAAAAAACCGCAUUGCAAAUAUUAAAACUGCUGGCAUUUUAUUCAUAGUAACAACUGUAUUUAUGAUUGCAUUUUUGCCUGCAUGGUUGAUGGCUACAAAAUUGAUUCCCCCAAAUAUGAUCGUGUUCUACUCGUAUUUCAUUUACAACGUUGCAAAUCCAGUGAUUUAUGCGUUCUUUAACCAAACAUUUCAGAAAGAAAUGAAACUAGCUUUUAAAUGCUCAGAAUCGUAUUAA